GUUUAAUCCAAGCACUACCUCCUCACUCAGGCUGAUGCAAGUUGUAUGACUGAGCUGUCAGCUGUCUGUGAAGAAUAUCUUAAGUGUGAAGAUGACAGACUGUCAGGGAGAUGGGGAAGGAGCCAACAGUCCAAUGGAGCUCUACGAGAAACUGACAGCACAAGGAGACACAGUCAGGGCCCUGAAAACAGCCAAAGCAGAGAAAGCUGAAGUCGACGCUGCCGUCCAGUUGCUGCUAAAGUUGAAAGUAGACUACAAACAGAUGACAGGUCAGGACUACAAAGCAGGCUGUCCGCCCGCAGAAAACUCUGUUGCCCCUAACAACGGGCCAGCAGCAGAUGGCGUUGAUGAUGAAGACACAGUCAAUCCAUGGAACGUUUCCACCACUAACGCCAAGGGAGUGGAUUACGACAAACUCAUAGUGAGGUUUGGCAGCAGUAAAAUCGACAAGGAGCUGGUGGACAGAAUAGAAAAAGUCUCGGGACAGAAGCCUCACCGCUUUCUACGAAGAGGAAUCUUCUUCUCACACAGAGAUAUGCAUCAGGUACUGGAUGCGUACGAGAAACAGAAGUCCUUCUACCUGUACACAGGCAGAGGUCCGUCCUCAGAGGCCAUGCACGUUGGUCACCUCAUUCCCUUCAUCUUCACCAAAUGGUUGCAGGAUGUAUUUGACAUCCCCCUGGUGAUCCAGAUGACAGAUGAUGAGAAGUACCUGUGGAAGGAUCUGACACAAGAAGAAUGCCUCCGCUUCGCUGUGGAAAAUGCCAAGGACAUCAUCGCCUGUGGCUUUGAUGUCGACAAGACCUUCAUCUUCACUGACUUCGGCUAUAUGGGAGCAUGCCCUGAAUUCUACAGGAAUGUGGUGAAGAUCCAGAAGCAUGUGACAUUCAACCAGGUCAAAGGCAUCUUCGGCUUUACAGACAGUGACUGCAUCGGAAAGAUCAGCUUCCCAGCCACCCAGGCAGCCCCGUCCUUCAGUAACUCUUUCCCACAGAUCUUCAAAGGCAGAAAGGACAUACAGUGUCUCAUCCCCUGCGCCAUCGACCAGGACCCCUACUUCAGGAUGACCCGUGACGUAGCUCCAAGGAUCGGCUAUCCCAAACCAGCCCUCCUGCACUCGACCUUCUUCCCAGCCCUGCAGGGGGCGCAGACCAAAAUGAGCGCCAGCGACGCCAACUCCUCCAUCUUCCUCACUGACACACCCAAGCAGAUCAAAAACAAGGUCAACAAACACGCAUUUUCGGGAGGAAAAGACACAGUGGAAGAGCACAGGAAGUACGGUGGAAACCCAGACGUAGAUGUCGCCUUUAUGUACUUGACCUUCUUCCUGGAGGAUGAUGAACAGCUGGAGAAGAUCAGACAGGACUACACAAGCGGAGCUCUCCUAACAGGAGAAUUGAAGAAGCUUUUGAUUGAGACUCUGCAGCCAAUGAUCGCGCAGCAUCAAGAGCGGCGCAAACAAGUCACAGACGAGACCGUCAAGCAGUUCAUGACACCCCGGCCUUUAAAUUUUAACUUCUAGCCUGCGCGAGCAGCUGAGACACCAACGUCCAUCAUGUCACUAAUCUCAGUUCAAAUAAUUAAUUAUCUUUUUCCAUGUAAGAUAACUGUACUGUGUCAGGGGGAAGAGGGACAUUUUCUCACAUCAGGACUGAAGGAAAACAUGUAAAUUAUCGGAGCGAUGGUGUGCUUCUCUGUGUCUGAGCAUGGCCUUGUGCUUGCCGUCAUGCUAACUGUCAUGCUACCUAUCAGCUUCACUCUGCACCAAGUGUUCAAAGCUAUCCUCAUGAAGUGUUUGUGUUCGCAGUGUCGCUGUAACGUCACACUCCUUGCCCUGAAAUCAGUUCAGGAUGAAUGACAAUUAAAGCAGAGUACAAAUGUA